AUGCCGACGCCAUGGAGUGCACGCCGAGACAACACCGGCGGCAGCGGCAGCAGCAGCAGCAGCACCACCACCGGCGCAAGCAGCUCCGCGCCCGGCCACCAGGGCAGCCAGGCCCCUACGACGGCACGGGGACGCCUGACGUCCUACCGGUCGACGACGUCGGCCUCGGCCGCCCCCAAUUCUGCCCCCAGUGCCGGCCCCAGCAGGGCGACCAGCCCCAACCCAGGCGGCCGGCCGGCCUCCCGCGACACCGCCCCCGCGCCGCCCCCACAAUCACCCGCCCUCACAUCGGUACGCGAGCGCCUCGCCGCGGCCCGCGAGAAGGAGCGCAAGGUCGAGGCCGAGCAGGCUGCUCGCUACACCUCCAGGGCCUCGUUAACGGCGGCCUCCAGGGCGCCGGCCGAGGCCGAGACCUCUCGCUUCAGCUCCAGGGCGUCUCGUGAGCCUGAGCCCAAGACUCCGACCCCAGUCAGCAAGUAUGGCGGCUACACCCGGACCGGCUCCACGACGACCGGCAGGACGCCCACCGCCUCACCCGCCCUGGAGAAGAAGGAACCCCCGCCCCCUCCGAGCCGCUUCGCCAUCAAGGACACGCUGAGCACGGCGGCCAGCAGGUACGCGGACAAGGGCAAAGAUGCGGGGCUGAGCUCCGCGGCCGGCAGCCGGUACAACACCGCGGCCUCCAGUGCGCCGGCCGCCACCGACGCCAAGAAAGACGCGACUGCUAACACGGCGACUAGCAGGUACUCCGACAAGAAAGAGACGCCGACGAACCGAUUCACUGGUGCCGCCAGCGCCACCACGACCCCCUCUACGACGCCGGCCUCCGACACGAAGAAAGAGGGCUCGGUGCUCAGCAAGUACUUGUCGGGCUACCGGCCACAGGCCCGGGGCAGGAGCCCGGAACAGAAGACGAGCCGCUUCCUCAACAAGGACAAAGACAAGGACCGUGACCGGAGCACCUCGUCGUCCACCUCAGGGUACUCCUCUUACCGGCCGAGCUCGUUGUACCCGAGCGCUCGCUCGUACUCGAGUGGGCUGUCCAGCGGCCUGUCCAGCGGCCUGUCCAGCGGCCUGUCCAGUGCAGUUCGCUCUCCGGCGAGCACAAGCCAGAGCUCCCCGGCCAGCAGCGCUGCCACCACCCCGACCAGCGCCGGCCCCACCGGCCUCGGCCACGGCGCGCCCCCUCCCGCCAAGCCGGGCUUGGUGUUCGGCAAACCGGAGCCGCCCGAGGCCGUCCUCCCUGCGUGGCGCGACGGCGACUCCACGUGCAUCCUCUGGGUGACGAUGGUGACGCGCUCCACGUCGCCGACCGCGCCGUCGCCUUCGUACUAUCUGCGGACGCGGCGCGCGGACCAAGCGCGGACCACCGAGCGCGAGAUGCGCCGCCCCAUGUGCCGGCCCGAGCGCUGCGAACGCACCAGUCAGACGGACGACAUGGAGACGCGGUGGUCGCGACACGCUGGACCCGGCGCCUGGACGUCGGCCGACUACCGAGCCUCCGGCGCCCAGGCGUCGGCGUCCGCCCGCCUGGGCUACCACGAGCCCACCGUCAUCACGCCGACCUCGUGCAAGAGCCCCGAGCGGACCCCCGAGCGGACGCCCGAGCCCGCCAAGACUGAACCCCGGCCCGAGCCUGCGAGGCCUGCACCCUCGCCGGCGCCGGUGAGAUCGCCGUCCAAGAAGGACGUGAGAGCGUCACCUGCACGCAGUGUACCGGCCAGACCUGCCAACGGUGACGCAAGAGCGGGCAAAGCGGCGAGCAAAGCGCCCAGCCCGGCCAAGUGUGUCGUGAAAGUCAUAGAGACCAGUGCGGUGCGGCAGAAGGUAGCGCCGCUCGUCCCGGCCGCCGCGCAGGGCGCCGCCUCAGCCGCGCCGGCAGACGCGGAUAGUGGCCACGCUCCGAACCUCGUCAUCAAGAUCCCCAUCAAGGACUACCGUAAGUCAGCCCUCAACGUCGAGCUCAGCGGGGACGAGGCGGCUGAGUACAAGCGCCAGCAGGCGGAGCAGCGCAAGCUUUCCCGUAGGCUGACGGGCCAAAGAAGUACCUCGGAGAGCUCCGAAACGCCUUCCGAUGCGUCGCCUUCCGUGCGUGAGCCGGGAGCGGCGCCUCAACUUGUAAAACCGGCGAGCAGUCCGAGCCCGAGCCCUGCCCCGCCCACCCCUGUGCGCACCCCCGCGCACACUCCCACC